AUGACAGUUCAACCACAGACAGAUAUUAUAUAUCCUAUUAAACAGAACUCAUCAAUAAUAGCAGGAUUUGGAAGAGGAUCAUCAGAAUUAGGUAUUCCAACAGCAAAUGUACCUAUUAAUGAAGAACUUAAUAAAUUAUCAACUGGGAUUUAUUAUGGAUGGUGUAAAUUAAUUCCAUUAACUUCACAAUGUGAUGAAAUUAAAAAAAGAAUAGAUGGUAAAGAAGUUUUAUUUAAUCAUGGAAAUAAUUUAACUAAUGAAGAAAUUAAAGUAUUUCCAAUGGUUAUGUCAAUUGGUUGGAAUCCUUAUUAUCAUAAUAAAGAUAAAACUGCUGAAGUUCAUAUAAUUCAUAAAUUUAAUAAAAAUUUUUAUGGUUCUAAAAUUGAAUAUGUUGUAUUGGGAUAUAUUAGACCAGAAUUGAAUUUUAAUUCUGUUGAUGAAUUAAUUCAAACUAUUAAUGAUGAUAUUAAAUAUGCUAAAGAUAAAUUAGAAAAUGAUGAUAAAAAUGGUAAUGAAUAUUUUUAA